CCCAAAUUGCCCUACUUCUCAAUCAUCUUCAUCUCCAAGUAAAUUGACUUUAGCACGUCUGUCUUUUUAGUUAAAAAAAUAUAAAUAAUAUUAAUAACAAGCAAUUUCGAUUUUCAAUAUUGUCUCAACAUGGGCACCACGAAAGCCAUCAACUUUGUCCUAACCCUAACAACAAUCUCACUACUCAUCUCCACCACCCCAUCACAAGCCCAGCUGUCCCCCACUUUCUACGCCCGUACAUGUCCCAAUGCACUCAGUACAAUCCGUACUUCCAUCCGGCAGGCGAUUGCCCGUGAGACCCGCAUGGCGGCCUCCAUUAUCCGCCUACAUUUUCAUGACUGCUUUGUACAAGGUUGUGACGCUUCAAUCCUUCUGGACGACUCCCCCACAAUCCGAAGCGAGAAAUCGGCCGGCCCAAAUGCCAAUUCCGCCAGAGGGUUUGAUGUGAUAGAGGCUGCCAAGACAGCAGUCGAGCGUAUAUGCCCGGGCGUAGUCUCGUGCGCAGACAUUUUAGCGGUGGCUGCACGUGAUGCCUCAGUUGCUGUUGGAGGGCCAUCAUGGCCGGUGAGAGUUGGGAGAAGGGAUUCUACCACUGCCAACUUCAAUGCAGCUAACACAGAUUUGCCGGGACCUUCUUCUACCGCACAAGGCCUCAUUAAUGCCUUCCGCAACAAGGGACUCAAUCAGACAGACAUGGUUGCCCUCUCAGGGGCACACACGAUAGGGCUAGCCCAGUGCGUCUUCUUCCGGAGCAGAAUCUACAGCAACGGCACUGACAUCGACCCCAAUUUUGCAACCACAAGGAGACGCACGUGCCCUCAGUCGGGAGGGAACACGAACCUUGCCCCGCUAGACCUCGUGACCCAAAACUCCUUCGACAACAACUACUACAGAAACCUGGUCCAGCGGCGGGGGCUACUACAGUCGGAUCAGGUGCUUUUCACAAGUGGGUUAACCAACGCACUCGUCACCACUUACAGCAAUGACAGUCGGCGCUUUGCGGCCGACUUUGCCAGCGCCAUGCUGAGGAUGUCUGAGAUUACGCCGUUGGUGGGGUCCAGAGGGGUCAUAAGGAGGGUUUGCAACGCCACAGGUAGAUGAUGUGGCUGUGGUUGCAGGGUUACACGUUGAAUAAUUAAAGCGACUGAAAUGCGGUGGCUUUUAUGUGAUUUGUUUCCGUCCGCUUAAUUUGUCGUUUGUUGAUUUUGUUUCGUGGUUAUGUUUUUUGUUGACUUUGCCUUGUUGUUGAAUUAAGGAAAUAAGUCAGUGUGAUUUUGUGUUGCUUAUCUGCAAAUUACCAAUUGUAAUUGUGUUUAGUUUGUUGUUAUUUUUCAGCUUUCAUGGAAACAAAUAUUACAGGUAAUUACAUAUUCUAAAUUGUGUAUUACCUCCUGCUUCGAUUUUUUCUCCGGGAUGCACAACUUAAUUUAAAUAUUGUUUUCCCAGUUAAUGCAUUGUCUAAAAUCAGUAUUUGAUUUAUGUUUUUGUAAUAAAAUACCACCCUAUACUCCC